GUAAAUGAAAAAGAAGUUUUUACCCUCUGGUUCCCGUUUCAAGGCCGAUUUCGUUUCUUUAGAGAGCUUCGAGACGAACGUGAAAUCGGCACAAGAUGAUGUCCGGCGGGAACUACACGACUAUCGACAGCCAGAAAGUCUCUGGAUCUGUACCUUCUGUUCCAGAUCCAGGCCAUACCACCGUCAAAUUCACAGAAUCAAAUCUACAAACUUUUCCUCCAUCUGCUACUCAGGGCAAGAUCUCUGGUGGUAGUAAUCCCCCUCGAGAUGCUGACGAUACAUUUUCUGGGCAUGGUAAUGGUAGUACAGAUGAACCUCAGUCUGGUGGCUGGCUUCAUAAAUUCACUGUUGGUGCUUACAAGCCCUUCUUUGAUGUUGACACUUCGGAUGUUGUAGAGCGACUCAAGGAAUCUCUUUUCCCAUUCCGUGGAACAUUUACAGAGAAGACAGCUGAUAAACCUGACUUGUAUGGCCCAUUCUGGAUCUGCACCACCUUGAUAUUCGUUGCAGCAUCUAUCGGCACAUUUGUCACAUACAUAGCACACAAAUGGAAGAAACAAGAAUGGAACUACGAUAUCAAUCUAGUGACUUGGUCUGCAGGAGUGUUCUACGGAUAUGUCACAAUUGUUCCUCUAGCAUUAUAUGUCGUUCUCAAAUACUUCUCUGCACCAUCAGGCCUCGUCCAGCUCUUCUGUCUCUAUGGCUAUUCCCUUUUCGUCUUUAUCCCAGCAUUGUGCCUUUCGGUUGUCCCAGUGGAGAUUUUCAGAUGGGUGAUCGCGGGUGUAGCCGGGUUCAUGUCUGCAACAUUUGUGGCUUUGAACCUGAAAGCUCAUAUCAAUUCCGCUGGAGAGAGAUCGAUCCUGAUUAUCGCCAGCAUCUUUCUUUUGCAGCUCGCGCUUGCGGUCGUGCUGAAGCUCUACAUCUUCAAUGUCAAAGUUUGAUUCAUUAAAAAAAAAACUGAAACUUGAUCUUUAUAGAACAAAAGGUAAUGAUUUCUGAUAUCUGUAGAUGCUAUAAUAGUAUAAUGUUUCUCCUCGAGAGUUAUCCAAUUUUGUACCGUUUGGAGACUGUUACAUUUAUUUACUCCAUGAUUUACUUUGUAGAAGAUAGUGUAAUAACAAAUCGAUUUGUAGGUGCUGUGAUGUUCAAACU